AAAAACCCUAAGCAUUAUUUCCACCCGAUUCCCUUACUCUUCUCACGAUUCUUCUCAUCCUCCUGUGCCCUGCAUCUUGCCACCGUCCCUCAACCUCCCUCUUGCGUAUCUGCUCGGCACCACUGGUCAACGCUACGCCACCCACCGUCUAAGCACCAAGUCGCUCAGAUAGUGAGACGCUGACGCCUUGCGCGACCUGCAGACGCUCUACGCGGACUGCCACCGUCGUUUGCCACCAUUGCGGCCCCUUCUCAGCGUGACGCCGGUACGGCGACACCACAGGCCACUGUCGUCGUGGGAGUAGACGUCUCCCCUUCUCUGUGUGAGGCAGCUCGUCAUCGUUACAGGCCACAGUUGACGCGAGAGCUAAUGCCGCUGCUCUCUCUCAUUGCCUGCUUCGAUCUGUAAGCAUAGGGCCAUUGCCGCCAGUCCAUCUCCGACCACAAGAAGACUACCGACGAACUACCUUGAGCUGGCAUCUUUCAGAGCCGCUUCUUUAUUUACUACCAUGCAGCGAGGGAGACAGGCACAACUCCAUGUACACCUGAACUACUAGCCGGAGAUCUAUCCUCUCUUCAGUUUAGGGAGGAGGAAAAAUCCACUGGGAUACCAUCUUCUCAUCAGAUCUGAGGUGGAGAGUUCUUUCUUCAUGGUAGCAUUCAAUUUCUUCAUUGAACGAACUGCUGAUCGGAAAUAAGAUUGGUUCUCUAGUCCAGCUGGAUGUAUUGUCAGUGAUAGUUUCAUGUCUACGGUUCCAUGCUUGUUCAAUUUGUGUGUGGGGAAGAUUACAACUGCUAUAAUACAUGGACAUGAAUUAACAAAGGACAUAAUUGAACUUCCGCCAGACUUGUUUGAUAAUUUAGUGAGGAACCUUUCUCCAUUGGCACUGCAAAAUAUACAUGAAUUUCGAGAAAGAUCAGCUGACCAUUCUUGUGAGUUUGGAUGCAAAAAUGCUAGCUUUGAGUGCAGACAAAAUUGUGGAAGGCCGUUUUACUUCAGGUGUGAAGAUUUCAAUACACUAUGGAUGAUGUUAUUCAUGACUCGCUGGUCCAAUAUCAAGAGGAUUCAUCCUUCUGGAAUAGAUGGUAAUGAUAAAUCAAAAUUGAACCAAAGUCUUGACUGGCAACAACUAUACUGGGAAAAACACCUACAAGAUGUUUUAGAUGAAGCUGCAGAGAAAGCCUUGCUUCCUUCGUUUGAUGCUAAUAUUGGUGAUCUUACAAUUUCGGACAGCAUCAUGGAUGCAAUUGGUCACAGAGAUACAUGUUGCUGUAUGAAACUAUCCUUCCAUUGUAACAGAUUUGGGAAAUAUAUGAGAUACUUGAGACUUCAAAAUGUGCUUUGUGUUGCAGAAACAUGUGAGCUACUCCGAGGUUGCAAGUUGCAAAGUUUGGUGCUUAGAAGAGUAAUAUCCAAAACUCAGGUCGAUGGACUUCUCAUGCUUCUCAAACAGCACAGACAUACACUGCGAUCUCUUGAAUUUAUUUUUUGCCACAUUCCUUCUGCCAUAUUUGAACAAUUUUUUGGGUGUAUGCACAUAGAUGGUUCUGAAACCCAUGGGAUCCAUGAUCUUUAUAUCAAAUCAUCUCGUGUAUUUGACAACAAAUCAUCUUUGGUUCCUUCUGGCCUUUUGCCUUUUCUAGUAUCUGGGAGGGACUUGCACUCACUAUGUAUCUGUGACAGUAAGUUACAGGCAAUGCAUGCAAAAUUGAUCUUUGAUGUUCUCGUGGAGUCAUCUUCUCCUUUAGUCACGCUUGAAAUAUCAGAAAAUAAUCUUGCUGGUUGGCUAUCUAGGGUUGUGAGGGAACCUUUGGAUUCUUCAUCAUUUAUUGAACCAAAAAUGCCACUGAAGUCACUCAGGGAACUGACUUUAAGGGGCAAUAAUUUGAAGAAGGAAGAUGCGGAAGAUCUCUGUUAUAUCUUGGUUCAUAUGCCUGUAUUGCAAUGUUUAGAUAUCAGUGACAAUGCCAUAAUGGAUGGAGGAAUCAGGAGUCUGAUUCCUUAUUUUAUUUGGGCUCUUUUGAAAGAUUACCCUCUUACUGAUAUUAAGUUAAAUAAUUGCAAUCUAUCUUGCUCUGGAGUUGCUAAUCUUUUAAGAAGCCUUCUGCCUAUAAAAACACCACUAAAUACGUUUUCUGUGGCAGAAAAUGAACUUGGCAGUUUUAUCGCAGCACCACUGGCAAAGUUCCUGGCUUCUCCUGGUGUUAGAAAGCUCAACAUCGAAGAUAUAGGACUAGGAAUAUUAGGUUUUCAGCAACUUGAAGAUCAAAUACCCAGAGAGACGGCUCUUCAAUACAUCAACAUAAGCAAGAAUCGUGGUGGGAACAAAGCUGCAUGUUUCAUCUCUAAAGCCCUCUUGUAUGCACCAAAUAUUACUUGUAUCAAAGCUGGAGGUAAUAUCAUGCCUCCUGAAUCUGUGGAAGUCAUUUACAGGGCUCUGAAAGAAUCAAGAGAUCAUGGAACUUGCGAUGUGCUCAACAACAAUGGAGUCGAUAAUCGCUCAGCAUGCAAUCAUGCAAGAUGGUCUUUGACACUACAACAUGUAAAUCCUGACACCUCCGUAAUAUAUACCAAAAAGGUAAACUUGAGAUAUUGGACUUGACUGGAAAUAGUCAAUUAUGCCAGUCCAACUACACCAAACUACUCGAGUUUGAACUUGGUGGGAGAUCGAUUGUGACCAUGCCAACACCAUCGACCUCAAACACACCAUAUGAUGAUGAUCCAUAGCCAGAUAGCCUGUUUGCAAUAAUGGAGCAGUAAGGUCUAUCUCAAUUUGCUGGUGGAAACUUGCAGCCAUGGGACAAAAAGCUGGGGGAAAGUUUAUUGGAUUAAGAAACAAAAAGAGAAAUGCGAAAGAAAAUUAUAGACAAAUUAUCAAAAUCAGUUGGUCUAUACAAUUUUCUGUUGGCACAGAUUUGAAAAGUGUUUAUUUUGAAUUUUUCUAUUCCAAGAAAUCUUUUAUUAUUAUCCUUGUCUGACAGUUGACAGUAAAGUAGAUAGUAGUGUAGUUUCAGCUUCACAGAUGCGGUGAAAAUAUUGCAUUGUAUCAACACAAGUCCAGGACUUGACUGGUUUGGUCACGUCUAAAAUUUGAAAUAUUGAAAAUU